CCUUUUGGGUUCGAACCCCAGAUUCGACAACAGCCAUCGCCUCUCCGUCGCAUACUCCGACCGGGCCGCCUCCUCCCUAUCGCCGUCCUUUCGAUCUCCGAUCUCUGCAACUAACAGUGGGAUGAAGGGUGGCAUCUCGCCGGCGCCGGGGGAUUACGCCUACUUCAAGUCGCAAGUCCCGCUCCACAAGAUCUCCAUUGGAAAUAAACAAUGGAGGUACUAUGACUUUGGUCCAAAGGCUGUGCCUCCUCUCAUUUGUAUUCCUGGAAUUGCAGGCACUGCAGAUGUCUAUUACAAACAGAUCAAGUCCCUCUCAAUGAAGGGCUACCGAGUAAUUUCUGUUGAUUUACCACGUGUCUGGAAUCACCAUGAGUGGGUUCAUUCAUUUGAGAAAUUCUUGGAUACACUCAGUAUAUAUCAUGUACACAUCUAUGGAACAUCGCUUGGUGGGUUUCUUGCAUUAGUGUUUGCUCAACACCGACCAAGGCGGGUCAAGUCAUUGGUUCUUUCAAAUGCAUUUUUGGAGACACACAAGUUUGCUGCUGCCAUGCCAUGGUCUCCAGUUGUUAACUGGACACCUUCAUUUUUGCUGAAGCGGUACAUCUUAUCAGGAAUUCGUGAUGGUCCACAUGAACCAUUCAUUGCCGACUCAGUGGACUUUGUUGUUGGGCAGGUAGAAACAUUGUCAAGGGAUGAUCUAUCAUCAAGGUUAAAGUUGAAUGCUAACGUUGCAUCAGUUGGUCCUCUUUUGCUCUCAGAUUCCUUCAUCACUAUUAUGGAUACGAAUGACUACUGUGCUGUUCCGCAACAGCUGAAAGAUCAAGUGAGUGAAAGAUUUCCUGGAGCCAGACGUGCCAUCCUGAAAACAGGUGGCGAUUUCCCCUUUCUUUCUCGUCCAGAUGAGGUCAACCUGUACCUUCAGCUUCAUCUAAGAUGGGUUGGUGUUGAGGCACAGCCAGACAAGGUUCUAAGAAUUCCAGGAGAUGACGGUGAUAAUGGAAGGUCCAAUUAUGAGAGCAGAGGUGGAGAGCAUUUUGACGAUCUGCCAGGACCUGCAAAUAUUGGGGGCAGCAAUAGUGCGCAUCAGCCUGAAUCUUCGGGACCCAGCCAAGACAGCGAUGGUUCUCCUCAGCCUGAACCUUCAGGGCCGACUGAUCAUACCUCAAAUGAAAGGUUGAGCAGUAAAGAAAUUGGAAACAUGACAGUACUUGAUUCAUUUCCUUCUCUCAUCCAAGCAUCGGUUGUCCUCGCAAUGCUGCAGCACCUCGUCGUGACUGAACUUUGUAUUACUUGGAAACCGGUACUCAAUGUUUAGAAUAGUAAGUAUUGUAAAAAGAAAAAAAAGAAGGGCAAAUCACAUUGUGUUCGUUCCAUGAGUGUUGGUUGGUACAUACUUGUAACAUAUGCAUUUGUUUGACAAAGUGUCUUUGGGGCUGUGAUCUCAUGUGGUUGACAUAAUGAAAUUGUCAUAAGUAAAUAUGUGGCUAUAACUAAGAGAUAACGAUCGAUUUGCCUGUCAUUA